AUGACAGAAGGAAGAAAGGUAUUCUUGUUUCAAGUUUCUACAAUAAUUGGAACAUUUAUCUUCUUCUUGUUUUAUCACUUUUUAUAUCAAUUCAUAACUGCAGAGGAUGAAUCGACAAAAUCGAGUUUGUGUUGGUUAUUGUCAUAUUCACUUUCGAUAUGGUGUCAAUAUGAAUUACAUUGUAGAAUUGUUUUUGGAAAGAGGUCAAAUUCUGAAUAUUGGCGAUCUUUGAUUAGAACUUAUUUUGUUUAUGGAAUUUCAAUGGUAUUUUCAACAAUUUUGAAUUACAUGUUAGUUGGAUAUUUCAAAGUGGGGCAUACUUAUGCUUGGAUUUUAUCAUUAAUUCUUGUUGGAAUUUUGAACUAUUUUACUGUGAGCAAAUUUGCAUUUGCUGACUCGGAAGAAACAUUGUAA